AUUACUUCCCCUCCAUCUCUUCUCCUCCUUGCUUGCUCUCCCCCAGUCCUUCGUGUAUGUGAACGUCGGACCACCGCUCUUGUCAACGCCUCGUCUCUCCUCUGGCUUUCUAUCUCCUCUCUGGGCUUUAUCUUUGACUAUUGCGACGCGUUGCAGCUAUCUCGUUCUUGACCUUUGCUCCCCAUGAUGUUGCUGGAUGUUACCGUAGCAUGCGAUCCUGCUGGUGCUGCAGACCGAGCAAACGCACUCGCGGCGUGUUCGCCUAGUAGUAACGGAUCAAGCUCUCGCGGAAGCGGCAGUGCAGUUCGAAUGAAGACUCGCAAGGGGGCAGCUGCACUGUCGCCUGCAAAGGCGCGGGUCAAAGAAUUGCGACAAGUGAAUGGCGCACCAUCGAUGCAGCGAACACAUUCAAACAGCCGCAUAUAUCGCUUACAAGCAGGCCCAGGUGGCUUGACCGGCGGUACUAUACAACGCAGUAAGAUGGGUGGCCGUACUGCUGCUGCUUCUGCACACCUUGGCACUCUACCCGGCAGUUUAUAUAGCAGACAAUUUCCCGUUCGACAACCAGCAACCCAAACCAUAUCGCAACGACCAGCACCUGCGGCUGUGAGUAAACUUGCUCAGGAGGAGAAAUCAACUACUUCUACAUCGAAUGGACUUCGUCCGGGAUCCGCCCGACGAACGUCUUCCUCUUCGCGGAGGAGUUCAAAGAGUGGUAGCUCUAAGGGCGCGAAGGGCGCGAAGACAAACGGGCAUCCCCUACCGUCCUCUUCUCUGAAGCAGAAGAAGGGUAUUGACUUUGCAGAUGAUUCCGAUUACUCUACUGAUACGGAGUGGGACACUGAGGAUGCUUCCGAAGAGGCGGAUGGGACUAGCGGUGAAAAUGAACAAGUAGCUACGGACCGCAAACUCGUCGAAGCAGCAGCUGAGGCUCAACGGCAACGAGACAUGUUCGCAAAGGUAGACCGUCGCUCCUAUUCUGACCUCUCUCGAGUUCGUACACAACCAGGGUUGCUUUCGGUAAUAUUCCAUCCGGACCCUCAGCUUUUCCCUCCCGACCAUCCUUAUCGACAUAGUCGAUCGACGCAGGACAUAUUGGCCCAUGUCAGCCGCCCCUCUUAUCAGAGUGUUCCUUUACAGCCAUCAAAGAGCGCCGUCGCUGUUCCUGUUGCUGCAACAGUAACAGCACAAGGUGUUGGAUCGCCGGAACAAAGCAAUACCCGUCAACGCUCCCCUCUCCGACUGAAAGGACGCCCGCAGGACGUUGAGGAGAGCGAUUCAGGCGAGGAUGAUGAAGAGAACAAACUACACGUGUCCGAAAGCGUUGCCCAGAAGCGUCUUGCAAUGCUUCACCGUCAGAACAUGAAGGGACGACAGGCGCAGGAUCCUUCCAAGCCAGCCCAGAAAUGCACGGCACCUCAACAAGCACAACAGUCAAACGUGCUUCCAGCGGCCGGUCAACGUCCACUGACACGCCGUGAUGCUCCCGGCAUUGGCCCGUCUCCGCUCGUACGCGUUGCGACUGAGCCAAUCCCACUUGGUUAUCCGUAUAACCUCCCUCCGCCUGUUCCACCUUCGACGCCUCGCACUAUAAGGAGGAACAUGCUUACUCAUGAACUUUCGGAAAGUUUGAGGCGAAAUUUACUUUGGGAGCGUCAGGUCAGCAAACAGCGUCCUAUGGGUCUUGGCCGACGAAUGGUCAGCAAUUCUGCUGCACCCAGGCCCGGUCCCACGAAUCGUUCGGCCGCUCCGAGCGUGAAUGGGCAUGCGAAUAACAUUGCUUCUCAGCCAAAUGGCACAGCGGUUUCCGAUCAGGUCGUGAAGGAGGAUCGACAUAAGGAGGUCUUUACCCGUAAUCGAAGUUGGGCAGAUAAUUUCCAUGUUUCUGGGUGGUAAUAAUCCGCAGUUGCAUUUGUGCGUUAAGCACCUUUGUUUUUAUCCAUAUUCUUUCUUUUUUUUUUUCCAUUUGCUCUGACUCGCUCAUCUGUGUUUUUAAUUUUCAUACCUCCUCUCUCAUAUCAGGGUUUGUGUUGUACAUUGCUGGUUUUUUUUCCUUUCCGCUCCUCAACGAGGGAGGAUAUCGUACUACCCCGGACUUCUUGUUCCAGUAUAUUGUGUACUAUUAGGCACAGAUGUGCUCACCCAUUUUUCCCGCCAGGAUGCCCUUGAAAUCCGACCUUCCCAUUUCCUAUGCACUUCUCGCUUCAUUUUGAACCCACUCUUCGCUAUCGAUUAAACAUCCAUUACCUCUUUCCUUACGCAUACCACUACGAAAUCCAGGCAUCAUCGUCACCCA